AUGGCCACCCCCUGGGACCGCACCCCCUCCCUCCCUUCCUUCCUCCACACCCCUGCCCCACCCACAGUUGUCUCUGCCCUGUCCUUCACACUGCAGCCAGCCCUCCCACCCCCUCGCUCCCGCCACCUACCCCCCACAGUAGCAGCCGCGGGAGGGGAGAGGCAGGGCAGAGGGUGGUGCUCUGCUGGCGGGGUUCUCUGCUGGCGGGGUUCUCUGCUGGCGGGGUUCUCUGCUGGCGGGGUUCUCUGCUGGCGGGGUUCUCUGCUGGCGGGGUUCUCUGCUGGCGGGGUUCUCUGCUGGCGGGGUUCUCUGCUGGCGGGGUUCUCUGCUGGCGGGGUUCUCUGCUGGCGGGGUUCUCUGCUGGCGGGGUUCUCUGCUGGCGGGGUUCUCUGCUGGCGGGGUUCUCUGCUGGCGGGGUUCUCUGCUGGCGGGGUUCUCUGCUGGCGGGGUUCUCUGCUGGCGGGGUUCUCUGCUGGCGGGCAUUCCGCCGCCACUCCCUUCCCCUCCUCCCUCUCCCACCCACAGCGACCGCCGCUGCACACGCGAACAGUCGCGACGGGGGGGGAGGGACGGGCAGGGGGCCGGGGAAAUGCGACGGGCAGUGCGAGGCGACGGGAGGGAAGAAAACGGGACGGGGGGGGGGGGACAGGGAGGCAACGGGGACGAAACGGUGACAGCGCGCGUAGGUGCUGGCGCGUUGGCGGGCCGGUGGCGGAAUCGCUGGCGUGCUGGCGUGUCCGCUGGCGGGCUCGUCGGCGGGCUCGCUGGCGUUUCCGCUGGCGGGAUCGAGCGGUUCCGCUGGCGGGCUCGGUGGCGGGCUCGUCGGCGGGCUCGUCGAUUCGCUUCCCCCCCCAUCGUUGGCGUGCUCGCUGGCAGGUCCGUCAACGGAUUCGCUGGCGGGCUCGCUAG